AUGGCGACCCAGAACCAUGAAAACCCCAAGGAUUUGCUUGAAAAGGUCCACGCAUUUCACGACAUCCGCAAAUCAAUUCGAGAGGUAGCUUCGCGCGAAGAAUACCGAGAGCGCUUAUUGAAUGCCAUCUUGGCCGAAACACACCACCUCCGCAGCAAGGAGGCCAAGAACCAGACUGCUCGAAGAACCGUGAUCGACUUUCUGUAUCGCGUCUUCAAGCGAGUUUGGGACAAGUCUCGCAAGGAACCAUUCACAGCAACCCCCCAGGGAGACAAGAAGCCUCACCAUGAUAGCCCGCUGUGGAUUACCUACGAUGAUCUCAAGCCCUUUCUCGACCUCACGACGGAAGACUCGGUCACGGACAAGCUCCUGUCCCUCGUUAAGACCAAGAUAGGAGAGGACGGCAAGAGACUGCUGCAGGACGCCAAUGCACCGCCAGUCCCCGAGCACAAAGGUCAUCAAUCAAGACCGUCCAACUCAGGAGCUUCUACGCACCAACCUGCUCGCCGCCCAAAGGAUAAAGAAGACCACUCCAAACCUGACCCGAAGCAAGACCAAGCCGUUCUAACAGCCGAAGAAGCCAUCAACGAAGGCUUCUACGAGGACCAAGGCCACGUAUUCCAUCGCUCUGCUCUCCCGCCCUGGAAGCUGCCCCUACCCAUCGGCAUCGAUGUCGCCAAGGACAUCAUGGCCGAAGCCAGCAUCUCGGAGCUGAUCCUCGGAACGGGCAUUGAGGCAGACCAGAAAAUGCUGUGGAUCGGACCGCGGCUCACGCGGCGCAUGACGGGCAACUCGGAGCACUUUAAGAACCGAGACACGCACGACGUUGCGCUGAUGCAAUUCUGGUUGAGCUUCAACAUGCUACAGCAGUGGACGCAGGCCAUGGAGCGGGAGGGUGAGAUCAUCCCGCUCGUCAUGUUCCUUAGGACGUUCAUGGGCACCACCAUUGGCGAGUUGAGGGCCGAGUCGGCGAAGAAGGCAAACCUUGGGUUGAGGGUGGAGAAGCAUGCCUCGAGGUUGGAUCCCUCGGGGUAUGAACCUGGCGAGUCGAGCGAGGGCGAGAAGCAUGGGAGAUGA